AUGGAUCUUCAGGAGACUUAUCGUCUCCUUUCCGAACAUCUGCACAAUCUCGCCGACCUAUUCCACCGCGUGCCAGGCUCCGCAAUUUUCCUCCGCUAUGUCAAGUCAAGCUAUCAAGAUGACCCCGUCCGCUCUGCUGUGGAACUGUUCCUGUUCCUCUUCGCUGUGCGAUAUCUGCUCGCCCCGAAGUACUCGACCAAGCCGGGCGUCGUGCCGCUGACAGAAGAUGAGAUUGACGAUCUCGUCGACGAAUGGACCCCCGAGCCUCUCGUCGGGAACCCAACAAGCCUCGAAGAAAUGGAAGUCGACAAGCGGACAGUGAUCGUCGGCCCCGUGGGCCCGAAAUCCAAACUCGCCAACGGCCGCACAGUGAUGAACCUCGGCUCCUUCAACUUCUACAACUUCAACACGAACGAAGCUCUCAAGGAACAAGCUAUUCAGACACUCCGCGCUUACGGCGUUGGACCCUGUGGUCCGCGUGGAUUCUACGGUACACAGGAUGUGCAUAUGAAGACUGAAGACGAUGUAUCUGCGUUCCUGGGAACGGCCGCUUGCAUCAUCUAUUCGCAGGCGUUCUCGACUAUUUCUAGUGUUAUUCCUGCUUUUUCGAAGCGUGGUGAUAUCAUCGUUGCUGAUAAGGGUGUUUCGUUUGCUAUUCGGAAGGGUAUUCAGAUUUCUCGAAGCAUUGUGAGAUGGUAUGAGCAUAAUGACAUGGAGGAUCUAGAGCGCGUUCUUGCCAAGGUUACGAAGGAGCAGGCGCGGAAGCCUUUGACUCGGCGGUUUAUUAUUACUGAGGGGCUAUUUGAGUCUUACGGUGAUAUGGCUGAUUUGCCUAAGAUUAUUGAGUUGAGACUCAAGUACAAGUUCCGUUUGAUUCUUGAUGAGACUUGGUCUUUUGGUGUUCUUGGUCGUACUGGUCGUGGUAUCACUGAGCACCAGAAUGUCGAUGCGGCUGAGGUUGAUAUGAUUGUGGGAUCGCUGGCUGGUCCCCUCGUUGCUGGUGGUGGCUUCUGUGCUGGUUCAGAGGAGAUUGUUCACCACCAGCGUAUUUCUGCUGCUGCUUACACUUUCUCCGCUGCCCUUCCAGCUCUACUGUCUACUACUGCUAGUGCUACUAUCAACAUCCUUCAGAAUAGCCCCGAGACUGUCACUCAACUUCGCGAUCUCACCAAGGCUAUGCGUGCCCAGCUUGAUCCGCGCAGUGACUGGGUUUACUGCUCCAGCUCACCGGAGAACCCGAUCCUCAUCCUGGUCAUUAAGCCUGAGGUUGUUGCUGCCAAGAGGCUUACCGAUACCGACCAGCAGUUCCUGCUUCAGGAUGUCGUCGAUGAGUGUCUCGCAAACAGUGUCCUCAUCACCCGCCUGAAGACCCUAGAAGACAACUUCGAACCCAAGCAGGUCGUCCCUCCAGCCCUGAAGGUGUGCGUCACAACCGGCCUCACAAAGAAAGAGAUCGAAAAGUCAGGCACAAUCAUCCGACACGCCAUUACCAAGGUGAUGAGCAAGAGGAAGUAA